UAAUGCUCGUAGGUAAAAUUUUGUGCUUAACACAUACAGAAAGUGCCUUUACCGCCCUUGAUGGCUCGACCGAACUUCGCUUUGCAUUGUUCGGUCAACUGCUAUCGUGUGCGAUAAAGCAUCACUUUCCGCACUUGUUAGAUUCAGCUAAAGAGUUAACUGAGACGAAUCCCUCCUGUGGUGUUUCUGUGGUCCAAUGCGAAGAGAUUGCAGAAGAACAAUCGGCAUCGUUACAAGUGCUAGAAAAUUUGGUAGAGUCAAUUGAGACGAAUCCUGCCUGUGGUGUUUCUGUGGUCCAUUGCAUAAAAACCACGAAUGCCAGAAAACUUGAUAGAAAACAUCGAAUAUUCGGUCAACGAAUUCAAUCUGUUCGAGUAUACAAUGAAUACAAUUGAAACCAAUAAUGAUAAAGACUUACUCACUAAUAAAAUACCGAGUGAAAGUUCAUUUACUUCUGAGGAAUAUGUCCUAGAAGAGGAAGAAAACGAGUCAACAAGUGACAAUGAUGAAGAUGGUGAAACAAAUCCUAUAGAAGUACCUCCACAACCAACAACAUCCAGAGAAUUUUUGAUACCUGAAGUUAAAAAAACACGGAAAAGGAAAGCAGAACCAGAUACAUGGAGAAGAAACGAACGCAAAAUAAAAAGAAUGUCUAGUAAGAGCUAUCAAACCAGAAAAAAUAUCGUUAUGCCAGAAAAAAAGCCAAGCUACAUCAAUUGCUCAAGGUGCAGAUUCAAAUGUUCUGAUCAGGUAUCUUUGGAGAGAGAGCAAAUUUUGCAUCAAGAGUAUUGGGGACUUGCUGAUGCCGAUCGUCAAAAAGCACGCCUAUGCUCGUUGGUCACAGAAAAUAGCAUUCAACGUCACAGGAAACGAAAGCCAGAAAGCAAUAUCACAAAAACUUAAUCACGCAUAUAUUCACUACCUGAUGAACAAGGCUCUAAUGUGCGAGUUUGCUUAAAAUUUUUUUGUGCAACUUUUAGCAUAAGUUUCCAAAUUAUUGACCUUGCUUUGAAAAAACGUGAUCCAGGUGGAGCUUAUAUUGGUACUAAUGGACGAAAAGGAAAAAAUCCUGCCAAUAUUACAUCCGAAAAAACCACAAAUCAUGUUAAAAAACAUAUAGACAGCUUUCCUCGUAUGGAAAGUCACUACAGUCGGCGCGAUACGAAAAAAUUGACUGAUUUGAAUUUAUUUGUUAUGUAUCAUUUGUACGUUGAAAUUUAUUGUACAAGUGAAUCAAUCCCUCCUGUUUCUAUUAAUGUUUACCGAAAAAUAUUUAAUAGUUAUGAUCCACAACUGUCGUUCCAUGUCCCUAAAGAGGACCAAUGCUCCACAUGCAAUGUGUAUUAUAGCGCUACGGACAAAACCAAUUUGGAAGAAAGCUGGCAACUUCACAAAAAGAAGGAGAAAGAAGCAAUGGAGAUGAAAGAUGCAGAUAAAAAAAGAUCAUUAGAAGACUCAAUCUACCGAGCAAUUUCUUUUGAUUUAGAAGCUAUUUUGUUAGUCCCUUUUUCCGCUGAUUCUCAAAUCUAUUACAAGCGUAAGCUCUCUGUUUUUAAUUUCACCA